AUUUUAAAUUAUGGCCUGGCUACAGAAAGUCAAAUGUUGACUAUUGUCUUUUGGGACCCUUAUGUUAUUUUAUUGUACAUACAUUUCAGUUGGUAUUGAUUCUAUAAUGUAAAAAUAUGUUUAAACCUGUUACACAACUACAAUGCAGAGUGUAGGCAGCAUGUUGCCAUAUGUACACCAAGGUUCCACAACGGGCAGGCUGAGUUUGCCUCACAGGUAGUUUUAUUUGGCCCCAGAAGUUUUCUAAACAAAACAAUUUUAUACAGUGCAUUUGCGAAGUACUCAGACCCCUUGACCAUUUCCAUAUUUUGUUACAAUAAAGCCUUAUUCUAAAAUGUUAUGUUAAAGCCUUAUUCUACAUUUCGUAUUUAAUCAAUUUUAGGAAAAGACUGGAACGUAGCAAAAUGUUGAAAAGAUCAAGGGGUCUGAAUACUUUCCGAGUGCACUUAUACGGAAUGUUCCUUGCUGGACCUGACUGUAAAAACACAAGGAAAUUAGCACCAAGUGAUUUUCAUUUUGGAAAUAGAGACACGUGAUCGUAUUCAAACGUAAACAAGGUUUGAAAUUGUUUUAGUCAAAUAUCUGUUGCAGACUUCAUAUUAUUUGUAAUCAUGUCCUGACCAUUUGCUCAAGAAAAAGAAAAAACGGGAUUUAGUUGAUUAUCCCUGAUGUACACACAUGAAACAAGUAUUUAGCUAUGUCCAUAAAGCAAUCAAGAUUAAACUUGAAAAUAUGUAAUUUACAAACAACGAAAGUCAGACACUCCUAGUCUGGGUAUCAGUCUAACAUUCUACUGUUUGUAUUCCAUGUCUACCAAACAUGACAUGGGGUGGAAUUAAAUAGCUAGCUAUUUACGCCAGCUACAUUAGGGUAGCUGAACAGAGACUGGCAACCAGGCUAGUUAUUUUGAGCCUGCUGCUCUCGAGUGGAGGGUGUUUCUGUGACUCCAACCAAUCACGUUUGCAGACAUGACGGAGCAGUUGGUCCCACUGGAAAUCCCUCGACACUAGCAACACUUUUGUUAGCUGAUGCUAGCCUACCAGAAAAAGAGGACAUACUCCAAAGACUGGCUGCCAACAAUUCAAAGGGUCAAACAACACGGGAAAAUGUGUUCGAACGAGCAAAGUAUCAUGCAUAAAUAAUAUUCACUUCGUUUUAACUCGCUAACUAUGAGAACAGCUAGCAAAUAGGUCCAGAAUAACAGCUAGCUAGCUAAGAUAUGGCUACCACUAGGGAGCUAAGACAAUACCGACGUUCCACAGUGAGUAUUAAGCAGGAGCAGGACGAUGACUCGGACACGGAGGAGUCUAAUUUGGGGAUUAAGAAAUCGGAUGGACGAGAGUCACAGAUAAUCCACAGUGGUCAUUUCAUGGUGUCCUCGCCGCACAUUGAACACCCACCAAAAAAAGGCUACGACUUUGACACAGUCAACAAACAAACCUGUCGGACGUAUCACUUCGGGAAGACCAGCACAUCACAUCUCUCCAUUGACGCGUCCUUAACAAAACUUUUCGAAUGCAUGACCCUUGCAUACAGUGGCAAGUUAGUGUCACCAAAAUGGAAGAACUUCAAAGGCCUAAAGCUGCUGUGGAGAGACAAGAUUCGUCUCAACAACGCUAUCUGGAGGGCCUGGUACAUGCAAUAUGUGGAGAAGCGAGACAACCCUGUCUGCCAUUUUGUCACUCCUCUGGAUGGGACCAUGGACAUAGAGGACCAUCGUCCGGCAGAGGCAAUAGCCACAGAGGGGAAAUAUUGGAAAAGAAGAAUUGAAAUUGUAAUUCGAGAGUAUCACAAGUGGAGGACAUAUUUCAAGAAAAGGUUACAGAAGCACAAGGAUGACGAUCUCUCAAGCCUUCUCAAGGGGCCAGAGGAGCAGUUUUUGCUGUUUGGGGAGAUCUUUCCAGACACAUUCCGUGUGUCCCUUUGUCAGGAUGAGGAAAUGGCUGUGCGCCGAGUUGCUCGGAAAAGCCGUGAGUCGCCUGUCCCCAUGGAGAUGGACCCACUUUUUGACAUGGACGUGCUGAUGUCAGAGUUUUCUGACACACUCUUCUCCACGCUGGCCUCCCACCAGCCCAUGGCCUGGCCCAAUCCGAGGGAGAUAGCUCAUGCAGGGAAUGCAGACAUGAUCCAGCCCGGACUCAUCCCCCUACAGCCCAACCUGGACUUUAUGGACUCCUUUGAGCCAUUGCAAGACUUAUUUCACAGCCUCCGUCAGCCCAUCUUCCCCCCUGCUUCCCUCACUGCCUCAUCCGUCACUCCUCUACCCAGCAGCAGCUCUCAAUCCCAGGGCCAGCUUCUCUCUUCCAUGCACCUCUCAGCUGACCUACCGUCCAUCAGUCAUGACCACAGACUCGUCUCCCCAGCCCCCCUGCCUAUCUCCUCCCUCAUGGCCAAUCAAACCAGUGGGACCGAUGAAGGUUCCUCCUAUGUACAGAACUACAUGCCUCUAUUCACUGCGCCAGUGCCCCCCAGUGGUCAGGCUGGAGGCUCCUCCCUCAUGCAACCCUCAGCCCCCCCCACACUGCCACACACCCAGCCCUGCCAAGGUGCUGUCACAGCAACAUCAGUAGCCCCCCCACCCCUGGACGAUGCUACAAGCCUGGACGGUUCCCCACCCCCAUCUGUCAUCACACACACCGCCUCCUCCAUUGUUACACCCAGUGAGGCUGCCACCACCUUCAGUCAGGGUUCUGAGCUUAGCUCCUUAACCCGGGCUCCACCACCACCCCCCCUCCAGCCCCUGGCACCCUCACCUGCCAUACCCCUCCAACACGCCCAGACUUUCGCCCUGCCCAGACCCAUCCAGCCUUCUUGCUCCAGCAAAAAGACAUGCCAUGUGCAAAGGAUAGUUCCUGCCAACCCCAUCCCCUCAUCUCACCUCAUCCUAACAACCCCCUUCCCAGGGCAUACCAGUGCAGUGAUUGUUACUCCAACUCCCCUGAAAGCAGACGUGGUUCCCUCAACUGGCGUGGUCAUCGCCUCCUCAAGCCUAUCAAGGGCUCCUGGAUUUCAUAUCCUUCCACAGACUCCGAAGUCGCCCCAGCUCAUUAUCAAUAAAGAGGACUGUACUGGGCAUGAGGAGCGUGCCUCAGGUCAGGGGUCACCGUGUGGGUCAGAGCAGGUCUCCAGUCCUAAGUCUCCCCUCAGCAGCAGCAGCAGCAGCAGCACAGCCCUCUCUAAGAACGAGUCCAACCAGAGCCGUAGGGUGACCCACAUCACUGCUGAACAGAAGAGGCGCUUUAACAUCAACAUUGGCUUCAAAACACUGAGCAGCCUGGUUCCCACUCUCAAGUCCCAGUCCAAUAUCAGUAAUGCUGGCACGCUGCAGAAGACCGUUGACUACAUUGCGAAGCUGCAGCAGGAGAGGCAGCAAAUGCAGGAAGAGACCAAGAGGCUACGGGAGGAGAUUGAGGAGAUCAAUGCCUCCAUAAAUGUGUGUCAGGAGCAGCUGCCUGCUACUGGAGUGCCUAUCACACGCCACCGCUUCGACCACAUGCGGGAGAAGUUUGAUGAGUAUGUGAAGAGCCGCACACUUCAGAACUGGAAGUUUUGGAUUUUCAGCAUCAUCAUUAAGCCCCUGUUUGAGUCCUUCAAUGGGACGGUCUCCACCACAAGCAAAGGGGAGCUGUGCGAGACCACACUGCAAUGGCUGGACUGUCACUGCUCCCUGCCUGUGCUGAGGCCCAUGGUCCUAAGCACUCUCCGGCAGCUCAGCACGAGCACAUCUGUCCUUACUGACCCUAACCUGCUGCCUGAGGAAGCCACCCAGGCUGUCACCAACACCCACAGGCACUCUGCAGACUCCUAGCCGCACCCUCAGGAGAGAGGAAGCGGACGAAGGGUUCAGAUAGAGGGCAUGGUCAUAGUACUCUCUAGUAGAGCCCUCCACUGAGGGCCCCUACCACAAACUCCUCUAACCUCCCCAGAUUGAAAAACACCUUGAAACAAUUGUAUGGAAAAGCACCAGCACUAGUUUGCCUUAAAGGUAAUCCAAAGAGGUUACUCUGUCUUCCACCCUAUCCAUUACCAUUCAGAACAGGACAUGAUGUUUAGGGUCUUUUUGUGCGUGACCUUAUCCAGCUCACUGACCUAUCAUUCCUACACAUCGACUGAGCUUUGCUGUCAACAACCCAGGCUCGGUGCAUUACUUUGGAGGAUUGAUACACACAACCUAUAGAACAACUUUACAGCAUCUUUUGAACACAGCAAUAAUGUGGGUGCUUAUAUUUGUCCUAUUUCACACAUGUACAAGUGUGUAUUAUACGCAUGUGUGAAUUUGAAUUGUUUUUUGCAUAUCCCAACUCCCCCUGGGACACCCUCUGAGAGUGGGGUCAUGGCCAUGUCAAGCCAUUGUAAAAGGCGACCCUGGAGCAAUUAGGAUUACGUGCCUUGCUCAGAUUUUUUUCACCUUGUUGGCUCAGGAACUCGAUCUAGCAACCUUUCAGUUACUGGCCCAGAGCUUGAACCGCUAGGCGACCUGCUGCCCUUGUUGCUCUUUUGUUAAUGUAACCUUCAACACUGCUGACAGGGGAACUACCUGCAUGUUUUCAGGCUCACUUCAGCAGACAAAUAACAUGGCGCUUCAACCAUUUAGCAUACUUGCUCAUUUUUGUUUUAUCUUUUUGUUUUUAUUCAGCUCUUAAAUUAUUUAAGGUAUAAGAUGGCCUAUGAACUGUCUUAAAAGGGAAAUAUCUCUUGAAGAAGUUGAGUGAGAUUCAGUUGGUUCUGUUGUUUACUCUGUUGUAUGACGAUGAGUGUGGAUACACUGAGCUUGCCAUCAAAAAGCCUAGAAAACAAACCAAAAGCUUAGCAUUGAUUGGCAGCAUGCUUUGAGUACCAUGAAAUUCUUCAACAGUAACUAUUUGCUACUGGUCUUUCAUUCUCAUCAUUCAGCUCAUAUGCAUCUGGUGGGAGGGAGGGUGUCCCAGUCCUUUGUGGACAUACGUCCUGGGUAUUCUACCCUUUUCUUGGGGGGUUGUACUGAAUCAUACCAGAAGUCUAAUAUCCUCAGAUAAUGUUAAGCCAAGGGUUAUCCAUGGAAUAGUAUUCACCUUUCACUUAAGGAAAAUGCAGUUUUACGGAAUGGACCCUGAGUGGUCCGAAGACCAAAUGCGAAGCACUUGGGGGGCACACUACACUCACUGUACAUUUAACAUCAUACGCUGCAGCCUACCAUCCAUUCAGUCAAUUAAACAAAGAACCGUUGUGUUAUAGGAGCAUUCAAACAUUAUGUGGUGAAUGUUGCUAUUUUCUUCUUGUUCCGGUAAGGGAGGCGCUGGUGAGUGUUUAUGCUGUACCCUUUAACCAAACAAACACAUUUAGGAUACAUUAAGCUGAAGACAAGCGUCAGCCAUAAGCAUACAGGUUACAUAGCGUAUGUAUGUUCUAUAUUUGUUUCUCAUAAUCAAGUCAUGCUAAUGACGCCGUUAUGCUAGCCUUUCAAAGAUGCAUGUCUCUCCUAGUUCAGAUCUUAUUUGUCAAAGAUGCAACUUUUAUAGGCCAUGUUGAAAUUAAUAUAGGAACAUACAUUUUACACCCCUCUCCUUUAUUAGUCUUGGAAACACCAACCUACGUUGUCACAUUGUGGGAGGCAUCCCAUCUGUCUUGAGACUACUCCUUUAUGAGAAAUGCACCCCAGAACGGUACAUGCAUGGAUACUGUAUUACUGUUGCAGUGUGAUAUUUUGUCUUAUUUUUUUGUUUGUUAUAUGUCUUAGCACAUUUUGUGUUAACUCUCCUCAGGAAGUCUAAUGAUUUUUCUGUAUUUAUUACUUGAUGCACAACAACAGUUUACUUUGAAUGAUGUCAAAUCUAGCAGCAUUGGUUGUUUAUUUCAUGAAUGUAUAUUUUAUGGGGGUUUUAUAGUGUGCUUUUUGAGAGGCCUUAGUACAUGUCUUAACUGUGAUCACUUAAUUUUUGCACCCUUUGCUACUCUACGAGUGGAGUCCCCUUUAUCCGAUGACUGGGGACUAUAUUAUUGUUACAGAUCAAGAUUCUGAGCCCCACAUGUAAAUUAUUGUCCUAAUCAGACAGCAUUAGGGCUAAUCACAGCUAACAUUCAUCUAACGUCAUUCAGAUCAAACGUUUUAUUUCUGUUCCAUUCUAAGGGAAUUGGAGCUAUGCAAAUACUCAAAGGGCAAGAGCAGAUGGAUGUCAUGAUUUAAACUUAUUUUGUUUUGUUUGCAAAGCAGUUACUAUGUGGGAAAUAUUCCUCUGUCAAGAAUCAUGACAUGGUUUAAGUUAUAAAACAAGUAUUAUCAAUUUUGUCUAAGGAAUAUUUCAUUUAUGAGAUUACUUUUUGGGAGUCCUUGUCUGUUUGUUCCCUCUGAGAAGUUAGUGUUGUAAAUAUUUUCUUUCUUGUAGUAAAGAAAAUAGUUUUUUUUCCUA